AUGGAGAUGUCCUCGCCUCUCGCCGCCAUGCACCCGCCGCCAAUUCCUGGCCCCUGGGGCUACCGCCGCGACCUGCCACCCUCGAAGCCACUCUUCUCAGCACACAGCUUGGGACCCAAGAGCUUCAACUUCAGGGAUAUGAGCAUGAGAAAGGGCGGCACCGACUACUUCACCCUACAGCCAAUGCGAGGCUCCUCGCCUACUGCCAGUCUCGCCGCCGACAUGUCUUCGAACCUGCAUGUCGACCAGAGCCCUCAGCUCGCAACCCCUCGCCGGUCACUCUUCACCUCAAAUCUCUUUCAACAACUGGACACACGAGCAGAAGGUGCCAGAACCCCACCUUUUCGAUGGGAAGGCGUGACGACUCCGCCAAUUCCCUCCUCUUCACCAAACUUUGCCCCCGACUCCAUGGACAUCUCGCCUCUGCCCCAUAAAGCUCCCUUCAGCUUCAUCCACGACCGGUCCCUGCCGUUGCCGUCCCCAUCUCCAGAAGUGACCCCAGAUACCGAAGACGACAUGCUCUCACCGUGCGAGCUACCCACCCCGCCCCAGUAUCUUGCACCUACGCUGGAGGUGCCGAGGCCGGUGUCUGCCGCCGACCGUAAAAAGUCCAUCCUGCUUCGACCAGCUUUGUCUCGCACCAAGAACUACUCGACCAACACGGUAUCUUUCAAGGCGCAAGAGAACAGUCCCCUUCCAACCUUCAAGUUCGGAUGCGGUGACUUCUCGAGUACACCAGCACUGACCCUGGACGAGUGCUUCACAGCCUCGCCGCCUCAGGAACGUCGCCCUGGCUCCAAUGGCUCGCUUUUUGCCUCGAAACCUAAGCCCUUUCAUCUCAACUCAGGUGCGGCGUCUCGUGCCAAUGGCUCGCCUCUCGCUGCCGUCAGGAAGCCUGUAGGGCCCCCUUCCCGUCGACCAAGCAAGUUUAGAAGGUCGUUGAGCAUGUUUGAGCACCCGGGCGAUGUGAUGAAUGUCACACAAGACCAGGACAACUAUCAACCAAGCAGCCUUCAGUCUGUCAUGGAUGUUGACGACACACCUUCGCUCAAGCUUCCCCACUUCACUACCAGCGAACCCGAGAGUCUCCCUCGCAUCACACAUUCCACUCUGGUUGAGGUCCUUGACGGUACAUACGACCACCACUAUGAUAACAAGGUUAUCAUUGAUUGUCGUUUUGAGUACGAGUACAAGGGUGGACAUAUUGAGGGUGCAUUGAACUUCUGUGACAAGGAGAAGCUUGCAGAGCGUCUCUUCCAGGCUCCAUCAAAUGCUAACACUCUUCUGAUUCUCCAUUGCGAAUACUCUGCACAUCGCGCACCACUCAUGGCCAAGUUCGUGCGUUCCCAAGACCGUAAAGAGAACGCUCAUCAAUAUCCUCUCCUCUCUUUUCCCGAGGUGUAUAUACUAGACGGGGGCUAUAGUUCCUUCUACUACGCGCACUCAACUCGAUGCUAUCCCCAGAACUACCUGCGCAUGGACGCCAAGGAGCACGAGCACUCUUGCGAACGCGGACUGAACAAACUCAAACAACGCACCAAAUUGAACCGGGCACAGACCUUUGCCUUUGGACAGCAAUCAUGUCAGAUGGAAGACAGCCCUACAGCCAUUGGUCGGACACGGAGUGGAGGCAGCAUAUUCACACUGAGCGACGAGUCGCUCAAUGUUGGACGACUAGGCGGAAUAGGCACUUCACGUCGCAUGGCCUCUUACUGA